AUGUACGGUAUGCUGUUGGAGAGUGUGCAGCACUUUGUGCAGUUAGAGUACGGUGACGAUGUGUGGCUUCAGCUGUUGGAAAGAGCCGAUUGUAAGCAUAUGGUCUUCAACACGCGGCAGACGUAUCCUGACGAGCUUAUGACCAAUUUGGCAGCUGCGUUGGCUGAUGUCAAUGGUGAAUCUGUAGAGAGUGUAAUGCAAUUCUUUGGAAAAUGCUUCGUUAGAUUUUUUAGUAACUUAGGGUAUGCUUGUAUGAUAAAAGCGACUGGUCGUUAUUUUUGUGACUUUCUACAAAGCGUCGACAAUAUUCAUAUGCAGAUGAGAUUCACAUAUCCAAAAAUGAAAAGUCCUUCAAUGUACAUUACCCACGUCGACUCACAGGGUGUAGUAUUAGUAUAUCGAAGCACUAGGAAAGGUUUCACACACUAUCUUAUGGGUCAGCUAUUUCAAAUAGCAAAAGAGCUUUACGAAACAAAUUUGGAUAUAAGAGUAUUGGGAAGUUCAAAUAAUAUCCCAGGGUCAAGAAGUGUAAUGGUUAAAUUUAGAAUUGAUUUUGAUAAUCGUGAAUACAUCGCGAAGAACAACAGAAUGAAAAUCCCUCUAGGUCGUGAACUACAACCAGUAUCGAUUUCAUUCCUUUUACGUCUUUUCCCUUUCGGUGUGCUGAUGAACAAAGACAUGCAAAUAUUGGGUGCUGGUGACAAAUUACUGCAAGCAUGGGGUGGCAGUUCGUCUUUCUUGAAUAAACAUAUCAUGGAAGUAUUUAAACUACGUAGGCCUAAAGGAGUAUUCUUCACCUGGGGAAAUGUGAUGUAUCUGCAUUCAGUGAUGUUCGAGCUGGAGUUGAUUAGAUUAAACGAUAACAAUGAUUCGUCGAAUUCGGACAGUACUGGGAGUAUAAGCUCAGGAUUGGACAGACGAGGCAGUCAAGGAGCUAGAAGCAUUCUAUUGAAAGGUCAAAUGAGAUACAUCGAGGACAUCAAUGCGAUCAUUUUCUUAUGUAGUCCUUUAAUUAACAGUUUAGACGAACUGCUUAACAUGGGUUUAUACUUGAACGACCUAAAUCCUCACGGGUUGAGUCGUGAGUUAGUGCUUGCCGGAUGGCAGCAUUGCGGGAGAUUAGAGAUGAUGUUUGAGAGAGCGGAACAGAGAUCGACCGAACUGGAGAACAGCUACGCAUUGCUAGAUCGCUGGAAGAACAAGAGCGACGAGCUUUUAUACUCUAUGAUACCUCAAACAGUCGCAGAUCGACUACGCGCUGGAGCGAGUCCUUUGAGUACUUGUGAGUCAUUCGAAUCUAUAUCUGUAUUAUUCUGCGAGCUCUGCGACUUCGCCUAUUCGACGAUCGAAGGUGCAAUGGAUAUUGUCUCAUCGAUGAACGCCGUUUUCUCCUGUUUCGACUUGCUUAUGGAUCAGUUUAACGUGUACAAAGUAGAAACGGUUGGUCGAGUUUAUAUGGCAGCCAGUGGAGCACCUGAUAGAACAGAAAAUCACGCGCAAAACAUCGCAGACGUUUCUCUGCAAUUACUGAAACACGUUCGAUCACUUAAGUUACCGUCUGGUGUUGAUAUACAAAUUCGUAUAGGAAUCCAUUCUGGACCAGCCGUGGCAGGUAUUGUUGGUAUUAAAGUACCUAGAUAUUGCUUCUUCGGCGAUACGGUAAAUACGGCUUCUAGAAUGCAGACAACCAGUCUGCCGGGAAAAGUGCACAUAUCAUCGGACACUAAAGCGCUGUUACCGCAGGCUCGUUACCACGUUGAAUCACGCGGAUUAGUUUGGGUCAAGGGAAAGGGUGACAUGGAAACUUAUUGGUUGUCUGAUAAAUUAGAGGCAAUCGUUAAAUCGACAGAGGAGGAAGCUACUAAAUCGGAAGGACUCUUAGUUACCGACGUUUGA